UGUUCUUUAUUAGCAAUCCUUAAAAGGACUACAACAGGCACCCAACGAGCACCGAACCCAAUACACAGACGGGAAACACAAGGUUGUCAGACGCCAAACUGUAAGAUGCACCUAUGGUGGAAGAUUUACACACGCUAAAUACAUGCGAGGAUUGGACCGGGUGCACACAAGACGCGGGCAAACACACGCUGAAUAUUUCAGCGUACAACGCUGCAAUUUGAUGCGUUUCAUAGCUUGAUGAUAGUUGUUAUGACAACCAUUCCUAAACCGGAAGUGAGCCUUAAACAGUCAAAGAUGGCGGAGCGGGAACCGAUGGCGACGGCGAUGCGGUUGAGAAACCAGUUACAGUCAGUGUACGGACUCGACCCUUUGCGAAACGAGGAAGAAGUCAAAGUUAAGAUCAAAGAUCUGAAUGAGCACAUCGUCUGCAUUUUGUGUGCCGGGUACUUUAUUGAUGCCACAACAAUCACUGAAUGCUUGCAUACCUUUUGUAAGAGCUGCAUUGUGAAAUACCUGCAAACCAGCAAAUACUGCCCCAUGUGCAACAUAAAAAUCCACGAGACGCAGCCGCUGCUGAAUCUCAAGUUGGACCGAGUUAUGCAGGACAUCGUAUAUAAACUGGUUCCAGGGCUUCAGGAAAGUGAAGACAAGAGAAUCAAAGAAUUCUACCAAUCUCGUGGACUGGAACGAAUUACUCAAUUGUCUAAUGAAGGUGCAGUCGCAGACGCUGCCGGAUUGCUCUUCACCCACUUUGAUCGUCCGAAAGCCCAUUUCUACAGAAAUGACGAACAGGUCUCCCUCUGUUUGGAAAGUUCAUCAUUGCUACCUGGCAAAGACCGAAUCAAGCUGGUGCAACAGCAGAGGUUUGUGCGGUGCUCCGUCAGGGCAGAGGUGCAGCACCUGCGCAAAGUGCUGUGUCACCGCCUGAGGCUGCAGAAGCAGCAGGUACAGAUGUUGUUCAACAAUGAGUGUUUACCAGAUCACAUGACUAUGAAACAGCUCUGGCUUUCACGCUGGUUUGGAAAGGCACAGCCUUUGGUUCUGCACUACACAGUCAAGGACAACCGCGGGAGGUAGAAGAAAUGCCUGUUUUGUUCGACAUUUUGUGAUUGAAUGCAUUAUCUUUUGUAUAUUUCGUGUUUUAUAUAUUGUAUUUUAUAUAUUCUGUAAAUUUAAAUACUUAUUUUGUUUUUGUUUGUCUAUUUAUAAAAUAAAUUUUGUAAGUGA